AUGCAAGGAAACACUCUCCCUAACACAAGAAGUCUCCGCCUUCUAGGAUUAACUUUCGAUCACAAACUCAACUGGAAAGAACACAUAAAAAAACUGAAAGCAACGUCAUCCAAAAAACUAAAUAUAAUCAAAUCCGUGUGCCACUUUAAAUGGGACGCUGAUCGCAAAACACUCUUAAUUCUAUACAACUCUUUGAUACAAUCGACAUUGGACUACGGAUCAAUCAUUUACAGCCUCACCAACCAAAAUACCCUAAAAACAAUCAACAUCGUACAAAACGCCGGCAUCAGGAUGUCCAUCGGAGCUUUCAAAUCAAGUCCGGUCGACAGUAUGAUGUGCGAAGCCCACUGCCUACCAUUGUAUAUCAGACAAAAGUACCUAAUUACAAAGUUCGCAGCCAAAAAAAUGACUACUCCCCAAAUUGGCAUAAUAAGGACAAUCUCAAACCCCUAUCACGAACACCUCCUGAAACCUCUUUAUAUAAAGCUCCACGACAUCCUUGAAGAGAUAUCCUUCAACAUCAGCAACAUAAAACCUAAAGAAACUUUCUCAACAAUCCCUCCAUGGAACACGAACCACAUUGAAGCCAAUACAGAACUCAUCAAAUUCAACAAAUAUGACACACCUCAUAGUCUGAUCAUCAAUACGUUCUACGAAAUAAUAAACACCGAAUUCAAAAAUUACUACCACGUCCAUACAGACGCCUCCAAACAACAUACGAAACCGGUUUCGCCAUUACCCACAGGGAUGAAAAUAGUCUCCAUAAAUUAG